AAUUGCUUUAAACUCUUCUUGCUGGAUCAGAGGCUUUAAAAUCUUUUUUCAUCUUCGAGCUGUAGCUCGGGCUGCUCGUCGGCUCAGCCACCCCCCUUUUGCUCUCUGCCUCGCCUUUCCCCAGGACUUCGCAAUUUUGCUUUUUUUUUUUUUUUAAAAAAAAAAAGGCAAGAAAGAACUAAACUCCCCCUCCCUUUCCUCCAGCCGGCUGCACCUCUGUCUUGCACUUUGCACGGAGAGAGCGCGCGGGAGAAAGAGAGGAAAGAAAAAAAUAAAAAGAGCCAGGCAGAAGAGGAGGCGAGAAGCAUGAAGUGUUAACUCCCCCGUGCCAAGGCCCGCGCCGCCCGGACAGCAGCCAGCCGAGCCGACAGCCCAGAGCUGCCGCCGCGCGCGCCCCGCCUGCAGCCCGGCCGGCUAGGCGAGCCCUCCUUAUGCAAAGCGCGCAGCGGAGCGGCGAGCUGGGGACGCCGCGCUCCGGGCCGGGCUCCUCCGGCUUCGCCGCCGCCGCCACCGCAGCCCGCGGAGGACCUUCCCGAGCCUGAAGCCGCUGGCUCGGCGCGCACGAAGGCGAGCAGGCGAGGAGGGGCCGGGGCGAGCGAGCACAUUGGCGUGAGCAGGGGGGAGGGAGGGCGGACGCGGGGGGCGCGGGCAGGGCGGGGGGGUGUGUGCGCGCUCGGAGGUUUCGGGCCAGCCACCGCCGCGCUAGCUAGAAGCGCCCCAGCCCGGCAAGCUGGCUCACCCGCUGGCCACCCAGCACAGCCCGCUGGCCCCUCUCCUGCAGCCCAUCUGGCGGAGCGGCGGCGGCGGCGGCGGCGGCGGCAGGAGAAUGGCAUCAGAACUGGCAAUGAGCAACUCCGACCUGCCCACCAGUCCCCUGGCCAUGGAAUAUGUUAAUGACUUCGAUCUGAUGAAGUUUGAAGUGAAAAAGGAACCGGUGGAGACCGACCGCAUCAUCAGCCAGUGCGGCCGUCUCAUCGCCGGGGGCUCGCUGUCCUCCACCCCCAUGAGCACGCCGUGCAGCUCGGUGCCGCCUUCCCCCAGCUUCUCGGCGCCCAGCCCGGGCUCGGGCAGCGAGCAGAAGGCGCACCUGGAAGACUACUACUGGAUGACCGGCUACCCGCAGCAGCUGAACCCCGAGGCGCUGGGCUUCAGCCCCGAGGACGCAGUCGAGGCGCUCAUCAGCAACAGCCACCAGCUCCAGAGCGGCUUCGAUGGCUACGCGCGCGGGGCGCAGCAGCUGGCCUCGGCGGCCGGGGCCGGCGCUGGCGCUUCCCUGGGCAGCAGCGGUGAAGAGAUGGGCCCCGCCGCCGCCGUGGUGUCCGCCGUGAUCGCCGCGGCCGCUGCGCAGAGCGGCGCGGGCCCGCACUACCACCACCACCACCACCACCACGCCGCCGGCCACCACCACCACCCGACGGCCGGCGCGCCGGGCGCCGCGGGCAGUGCGUCUGCCUCGGCCGGUGGCGCGGGCGGCACGGGCGGCGGGGGCCCGGCCAGCGCCGGGGGCGGCGGCGGAGGUGGCGGCGGCGGCGGCGGCGGGGGCGCGGCGGGGGCGGGGGGCACCCUGCACCCGCACCACACCGCCGGCGGCCUGCACUUCGACGACCGCUUCUCCGACGAGCAGCUGGUGACCAUGUCGGUGCGCGAGCUGAACCGGCAGCUGCGCGGGGUCAGCAAGGAGGAGGUGAUCCGGCUGAAGCAGAAGAGGCGGACCCUGAAAAACCGCGGCUAUGCCCAGUCCUGCCGCUUCAAGAGGGUGCAGCAGAGACACGUCCUGGAGUCCGAGAAGAACCAGCUGCUGCAGCAGGUCGACCACCUCAAGCAGGAGAUCUCCAGGCUCGUGCGCGAGAGGGACGCGUACAAGGAGAAAUACGAGAAGUUGGUGAGCAGCGGCUUCCGAGAAAACGGCUCCAGCAGCGACAACCCGUCCUCUCCCGAGUUUUUCAUUUCAUGAGCUGGUGUUCCAUUUUCUGUGUGUGUUUUCAUUUUGUUUGGACUUUAUUUUUUUUUUAAUUUUACUUUUUUGAGCUUGCUGUGUUGCCCUUUUUUCCAAACCUCCACCUUCACUCCCUCUCCACCCAUCUCCUCUGAGAUAAAAGAAAAAAAGAGCUAAGUUUUUUUCUUCUCCUGAGUUCUUCAUGUGAGAUUGAGCUUGCAAAGGAAAAAAAAAAUGUGAAAUGUUAGAGACUUGCAGCGUGCUGAGUUCCAUCGGGUUUUUUUUUUUAGCACUGUUAUGCUAAAAUAGAGAAAAAUCCUCAUGAACCUGCCACAAUCAAGCCUGCAUCAACCUUCUGGGUGUGACUUGCGAGUUUUGGCCUUAUGAUGCCAAAUCUGAGAGUUUAGUCUGCCAUUAAAAAACUCAUUCUCAUCUCAUGCAUUAUUAUGCUUGCUACUUUCUCUUAGCAACAAUGAACGAUAACUGUUUCAAAGACUUUAUGGAAAAGAGACAUUAUAUUAAUAAAAAAAGCCUGCAUGCUGGACAUGUACGGUAUAAUUAUUUUUCUUUUUUUUUUCCUUUUGGCUUGGAAAUGGACGUUCGAAGACGUAUGGCAUGGCAUUCAUACUUUUGUUUUAUUGCCUCAUGACUUCUUUGAGUUCAGAACGAAAAAGUGCAACCCUAGAGCCUUCUUCCCAUGAAAGUUUGCAUCUGCUCCAAAACUGCUUUGAGUUACUCAGAACUUCAGCUUCCCAUUGUAAAUGCACUGAAGGCAUCCCUUAUCAAAGAUGCCAGAAUGGGGUAAAAAUUUGACAUGGCACACAUUAAAGGAUUCUUAAUGUUUUCUUUUUAAUAAGAUGACACCUCACUUUGGGGACUCAAAUUGUGCUGUUGCCGAAAGCAGUCUAAAAUUUAUUUUUUAAGAAAAAGAAAUCUGCCCCGUUGUUUUUUUUUUUGUUUGUUUCUUUAAUUUUAUUUUUUUUAUUUUAUCUUUUUUUUUGGCUUUUGGUCAUUGUCAAAUGUGGAAUGCUAUGGGUUUCUAGUAUAUAAUUUAAUUCUAGUUUUUAUAAUCUGUUAGCCCAGUUAAAAUGUAUGCUACAGAUAAAGGAAUGUUAUAGAUAAAUUUGAAAGAGUUAGGUCUGUUUAGCUGUAGAUUUUUUAAAAGAUUGAUGCACUAAAUUGUUUACUGUUGUGAUGUUAAGGGGGGUAGAGUUUGCAAGGGGACUGUUUAAAAAGUAGCUUAUACAGCAUGUGCUUGCAACUUAAAUAUAAGUUGGGUAUGUGUAGUCUUUGCUAUACCACUGACUGUAUUGAAAACCAAAGUAUUAAAAGGGGAAACACCCCUGUUUAUAUCUGUAGGGGUAUUUUACAUUCAAAAUGUAUGUUUUUUUCAAAAUUAAAGUAUUUGGGACUGAAUUGCACUAAGAUAUAACCUGCAAGCAUAUAAUACAAAAAAAAUUGCAAAACUGUUUAGAACGCUAAUAAAAUUUAUGCAGUUAUAAAAAUGGCAUUACUGCACAGUUUUAAAAUGAUGCAGAUUUUUUUACAGUUGUAUUGUGGUGCAGAACUGGAUUUUCUGUAACUUAAAAAAAUCCACAGUUUUCAAGGCAAUAAUCAGUAAAUGUUAUUUUCAGGGACUGACAUCCUGUCUUAAAAAAAUGAAAAGUAAAUCUUACCACAAUAAAUAUAAAAAAAUCUUGUCAGUUACUUUUCUUUUACAUAUUUUGCUGUGCAAAAUUGUUUUAUACCUUGAGUUACUAACUAACCACGCGUGAUGUUCCUAUGUGCUUUUCUUUCAUUUUCAAUUCUGGUUAUAUCAAGAGAAAGAAUAAUCUACAAUAAUAAACUGCAUUUUUUUUUGAUUCUGUA